AUGGCUGCGAGAACAUCUACUGCGGGCUUAAGGGGCCGUAGUUUAAGAUUGGCAAUUACAAUAACUGCAACAACUGGGUUUUCUUUAUUUGGUUACGAUCAAGGACUUAUGUCUGGGUUGAUUUCAGGUGAUCAGUUCAAUUACGAGUUUCCUCCAACAAAGGGGAACUCGACUAUUCAAGGUGCAGUUACUGCUUGUUAUGAGUUGGGUUGUUUUUUUGGUGCUAUAUUUGCAUUGUUAAGAGGUGACAAAAUUGGUAGAAAGCCAUUGGUUGUUGCUGGGUCAUUGAUUAUUAUUAUUGGUACCGUGAUCUCGGCAUCAGCGAUUAAACCACAUUGGCAAACUGGUCAAUUUGUGGUUGGUAGGGUGAUUACGGGAAUAGGGAAUGGUAUGAACACAGCAACGAUUCCCGUUUGGCAAUCCGAAAUGUCUCGCGCUGAAAAUAGAGGUUUAUUGGUGAAUUUGGAAGGUGCAGUAGUUGCUAUUGGAACAUGUGUCGCAUACUGGAUAGAUUUUGGUUUCUCAUACAUAAACAGUUCGGUGCAAUGGAGAUUCCCUGUGGCUUUCCAAAUUGUUUUCGCCUUGAUUUUGUUUUUUGGGAUCAUCAACUUGCCAGAGUCUCCACGUUGGUUAAUUGCCCAUAAUCGAAAACUGGAAGCAUACGAAAUCUUGGGUUAUUUGAAUGACUGCUCUCCAGAUGAUGACCAAGUGGUUGCAGAAGCAUCAGCAAUAAUAGAUACAGUCAAUAGAUUUAUCCAUCUUCAAACCGGGUUCCGAGAUUUAUUCACUGGCGGUAAAACCCAGCAUUUCAAAAGAAUGCUUAUUGGUUCAUCAACGCAAUUUUUCCAACAAUUGACUGGUUGUAAUGCCGCUAUUUACUAUUCCACAUUAUUGUUUUACCAAACUAUCUUCAAUUAUUCGAAAUAUCGUUUAUCUUUGAUCUUGGGUGGUGUUUUCGCUACAAUAUACGCCAUUGCUACCAUUCCAUCCUUUUUCCUUAUUGAUACCAUCGGAAGAAGGAAGUUGUUUCUCAUUGGUGCCACAGGUCAAGCUGUGUCUUUUACAAUUUCAUUUGCAUGUUUAAUUGACAAUACCACCCAAAAUGCCAAGGGUGCUGCUGUGGGAAUUUUCUUAUUUAUUGUGUUUUUUGCAUUUACAAUCUUGCCAUUGCCAUGGAUCUAUCCACCUGAAAUCAACCCAAUGAGAACAAGAACAACUGCGUCUGCUGUGUCUACAUGUACCAAUUGGUUGAUGAAUUUCGCCGUUGUUAUGUUUACACCUCCAUUUAUUGAAAAAACAGGAUGGGGAACUUAUUUAUUCUUUGCAUGUAUCAAUUAUGCAUUCAUCCCAGUGAUUUUCUUCUUUUACCCAGAAACCGCGGGUAGAUCAUUAGAAGAAAUUGAUAUCAUUUUCGCUAAAGCACAUAUGGAAAAUCGUCAAGCAUGGAGAGUCGCUGCAACUAUGCCCAAAUUGUCACUUCAAGAUAUUGAAGAUGAAGCUAAGAACUUGGGAUUAUAUGAUGAUGAUUUCGAAAAGGAAGAUUUCGAAACCAAGGAGGACAUUAGUGAUGAUUCAAGUAACCAGAAUCAUGGUGUCUUUGGGAAACCUCCAAGGAGUAACGAAGAUGAAGUUGAAACUGCUGCUACUCCUGUUGUUUCUUCAACUAGACCUCUUGAUGUUUAA